GCUGUAUGGGCUCGGAAGGAUUUUAUCGCGAUCGUAAACUAAAAUGGCUUGCAAUAUCAAGCCCAUGCACAAAAGCAAACAUUUUCCCAUAGACCAGCUAGUAUGUGUCGGCAACUACGAGUUGGAAAAGACAAUCGGUACUGGAAAUUUCGCAGUUGUAAAACUCGCCACACAUGUUAUUACUAAAAGUAAGGUCGCAAUUAAAAUAAUAGAUAAGUCAAGAUUGGAUGAAGAUAAUUUAAAGAAGACGUUUAGGGAAAUAGCUAUAAUGAAAAGGUUGAGGCAUCCUCACAUUGUCCGGCUGUAUCAGGUUAUGGAAAGCACACACACACUCUACCUCGUCACAGAAUACGCGCCAAAUGGGGAAAUAUUCGAUCACCUUGUAACGCGCGGACGCAUGCCCGAGUCGGAGGCGGCGCGUGCGUUCGCGCAAAUGGUCGCCGCAGUUGGUUAUUGUCACGCGAACGACGUUGUGCACAGGGAUUUGAAGGCUGAGAACCUGUUGCUGGAUAGGGAUAUGAAUAUAAAGCUAGCAGACUUCGGUUUCAGCAACAAAUACACAAAGGGAUCACCGCUAUCCACAUGGUGUGGUAGUCCACCGUACGCGGCGCCAGAGUUGUUUGAGGGUCGUCAAUAUGAUGGACCUAAAGCGGAUAUAUGGUCACUAGGCGUAGUUCUAUACGUGUUAGUGUGCGGUGCAUUACCGUUCGACGGCGGCACACUCAGUGAGUUACGAAGCGUGGUCGUGAGUGGCAAGUUUAGGAUACCGUACUUCAUGUCGCAGGACUGCGAACACCUAAUACGUCACAUGCUGGUAGUGGAGCCCGAGCGUCGUUUCACGCUACAGGCGGUGGCGAAGCACCACUGGCUGAGGGCGCGCGCCCCCGCCGGGGCGGAGGCCGAGCUAUCGGCCGGCGAAUGCGGCUGCCACCCGGCGGGGGCGAAGCCCGAGGACUCCGCGGCGCACGACGCGGCGUUAGAACACAUGCUCACGCUGCCGGGGCUCAGCCACGGGCUUAUACAGCAGUCGGUACACGAAGAGAGGUUCGACCAUAUAUCAGCCAUAUAUCAUCUAUUAGUCGAUAAACUAUUACAAAAAGACGACAGCGCACAAGCAGAUUCAUUAGAUUCAAACACAGGACUACCAUUAGAUCUUACUGGUAAAAAGAACGACAGCGGUGAUGUAGAAAGUAUGGAGGCGGAAGAAACUCUCGCUUACCUCACUGGUGAUGGUCAGGAACACGAAUUGGAAAGGUUCGGUGACAUAUCCCCCCCCACGGCUGAAGAGCCCCGUCAGCGCGUGACGGACUGUCACGCGACGCGACGUCAUACUGUCGGCCCCGGCGACUGUCGGCACACGCAUGCGCAGGUUGGAGAGCUAUCGUCUUGUGGGGCUGCGUCAGCUGACCUUAGGCCUGCGCCCCUAUGUGCGUCUACACAUUUACAUCAACAAGCGGCAGCACGUGUUGCACUAUUACCGCACACGGACCUGGCGGGCAAGCUGCCGGCGGUGCAGCACCGCCCGCCGCACCACUUCAGUGUCAAGGACCAGCACCUGCUGAAGCCGCCGCAGGCCAUGUUGCAUCACGCGUCUUCAUUCGGACGUCGCGCGUCAGACGGCGGCGCGCACGUGGGUCGGACACACUCGCCCGCGUGCUCGCAUUCACAUCACGUGUCAGACAGCGGUACGACGAACCGGACCGACGAUUCGGAGCGUACAGAGGAACAAACAUCCGAAUCACAGUAUAAUAGCAAUUUGUGCAGGUACAUGUUAAAUCGCGGCAGCAGUAAACGUCACACGAUGGCAACGCCAGAAGACGCGGCUACUGUAUGCGCUUCCACAACCAUGGCAAGUACAUCACCAUCGUCGUCAGCGAACAUAAGAGUAAGGAGGACCGGUUUAUUAACGGUCACAGAACGGCCGCCCGUAAUAAGUCCAGAACUAGUCAUGGAAGUCGAAGCGCGUAUGAAACGAAACUACAUGCCGCCAUCUAUACAGUACAAUGCUGGUUACUCCAGCCCCCCCCACACGAACCCCCCACAACCCCCGAAUCAGGGGUCGAUAACCGCGGGAACCCCCAACUAUCCUAUAUCAAUGAAACCCGUGUUAGAAACGAUACCACAAGGCAGUGUAAUGGGAUCGAUAACUUCGGGAACCCCUAUCAACCCCCUGACCCCGGUAAACCCUCCGAACCCCGGGUCUAUAGUGUCAGGGACGCCUAUUAAUAUGGAUAUAUUCCCGAAUUUCGGUUUUACGAAUAUGGGUUCAAUAACUAGUGGGACUCCAGUGUUGGCGAGUAAUAUGGGAUCGAUUGGUGGGACUAUGGGAUCGAUAACGAGUGGGACUCCAGUACCGACACUAUCUAGUGGGACUAUGGGAUCGAUAACUAGUGGCACGCCAGUACCAACGCUGUCUAAUAAUAUGGGAUCGAUAAGUGGCAAUAUGGGACCCAUAAGUGGGACUAUGGGACCCAUAAGUGGAACUAUAGGAUCGAUAAGAAGUGGUACACCAGUACCAACACUAUCUACCGGCAAUAUGGGAUCAAUGAGUGGGAAUAUGGGAUCGAUAACGAGUGGGACGCCCGUGCCCACGCUCUCUAGUGGGAACACGAUACCGAGCGGAUCUAUAACAUCGGGAACGGCUAUAACCUCACAAUACACAAGGCAUAGGAAAUACUCUGGGCCCAGAGCGAAACUACAAACGUUGGCUACAGUACAAGAAAUGGCUCGCGAACACCCGGAACGCUAUUCACCCGUGCGUCGGGCGGAAUGCUCGCCCCCAAGACAAACGCACGAUAUAGCGUCCGCGAGACUUGAGUACCAGCAGUUGCAGCGUGGCUUAGAACGAAGGUCGGGGCAGAGCGCUAGCGCUUCGCCCUUAGAGCCGCGGUUGCAUGCGCCUGCGUCUUUACCUGGAUCACCAAUACACGCGGGAGCUUCGCCACCGCUCGACCUGUCUGGUGAUAACACGAGAGACAGGGACCUCGCGCUCAAACUGGGGCUGAACCUGAACACCCUGUAUACAGCGCACAUACAACCGGACGUCCUAAAGUCCAUCCAUUCCUACGGGAGCUUCGGCAGAGCCUCUCCAGCAAGUCCAGGGUCCCCUCUUCAUCAGAUCACCGAAGGUCUGAGCUACCUCCAUACAGGAUCCAUCACCAGGGGCACUCCACAACCCAGUUCCACGCCGCUGGACCUUCGCAGCAAUGUGGACAUGGAAACCAGUUACCCCCAACUGCAUCCAAUGGUCCACCCCCAAAUACACAUGGUCACACACAGAUCGCUAAAUAACUCCCCUAUUUCCAACCCUGGAUCCCCCCUAGAUAUGAUUCAAGAGGAAAUCUCCAACGGGAAUAGUACGGACAAAUUUCAAAACUACCCCUUUACAAAUAACCCCCAAAUCAGUUUGACGGACUGUCUAGGGUCAGAAAUUACCCUAGUGGCCUCAUCAUCUGAAGACAGUGUGGAUAGUUUGGAAAACGCGAAAUAUCCUUUACCGCAAUUCGUUAUUUCUGAACCGUCAGAAAUAGACGAUCGGCCGUCCAUUACCAAGGGUAUUGGGAGGAAAGUCAGUCAAGAAACGGAAAUAGAAAUCGAAAAGGACACAGAAAUGCAGUCGCCCAAAGAAAGUAUUGAUGAAACUAGCAAAUACCUGGACAGGCCGAGGCGGGGAAGUGACAAAUCGUUAGGAUUUAGCGAUGAUUCUCUAAGCAACGAUUCGGCGAACGUUUCCCCGAACUGCGAACAUAACAUACAAUCUAUUUAUUCGAAUAUAGUCAGUAUUAGUUCGGGUUUCAGCGAAAACAGAGGCAGCUUUUCAGAACACAGAGAGUCUUUUUCCUUUUCGGACAGAGGAAGUUUUUCAGAACGUGGUGAUUUUGGAAGGUCCUCGUUUUCGGAAAAAAGCGAUUUCGGAAGAGGCAGUUUUUCGGAAAAGGGCGAAACGCCCAGAUCAAGUUUUUCUGCGCAAGGCGUGUUAGGAGAAGUCAAGGAAUAUUACGAAGAUGUGUACAUGCCGAGAGAGGGGGAAGAGCCAGCUAUAGAUCAAAUACAAAGAUCCACGAUGGAUCUACGAUUGACGGAGAUAUGUAGACCGGCAGAGCAGAAAAUACCGAUUUUGUUAAACCCACAGCAGAUAUCUUGCGUUCAGGAAUAUUACGAAGUCGCGUUAUCUACAGUGUGCUCACAAUUAGAUUCUCAACGGAUAGUUGAGUUGCUCAUGGAAACGAUAAAUACAAGAGUACCGCCUCAGAACAUAUUUGUUGAGUCAGCUAAAAAUAGUGACGAGGAAUUGAGCGGAUUUCUCAAUUUAGAGUACUCUGGGGGUAUUCAAAUUGAGUUGGUGGUCUGUGAGGAUAAAGCUAAAGAGAUGAAAGGGCUGAAGAUGAGGAGGAUCUCGGGAGAUCAAAGGGAGUAUGGGAAGCUGUGUCAACAAUUGAUCACCAGUUUGACGGUUUGAAAUGUGAGGGCGGACGGAACCCGGUUUUAAGUCACACUCAAAGUUACACUCAAACUCAAAUAUUUAAAAUGUUAAAAAGUGAUGAAAUAUAGAAUGUUCGUUCUGGAACUCAAACUCAAACUAUAACUUAAAUUUGAGCUCAAAUUUUUAAAUAAUCCAAAUAAAGAAUACUUUGUCACGGUUACGGUUCAUACUUUAAUUCAAACUUAAACUCAAACUCAAACUUAACUCUAAACUCAAAUAGAAUAUUUUGAAUACACAGAAGCCGUUUAAAUGUUCGAAAUAAAGAAUGAUAUUCAUACUUGAACUCAAACUUAAAUAUUUAAAAUGACUGCAGCGAUUUUAAAUUGUCGAAAUAUGGAACGCUGUUCACUUGAAACUCAAAC